AUGGCCUCACUAGCUUCUUGGGUUUUGUCUCCAUCUUCUUCUUCUCUCGCCUUUAAUCGUCGCCGGAGAUUACAUUUGGCGAAAGCCACGGUCGAUGGUAUCGUUCCACCGGCACAAAGUCAAAUCCCUAACAAAGAGGUAACGGAGAGCGUGAAGCUGUUAAAAACCGCGGCAAAAACUCGAAAAGUUGCAGCGGACGAGAUUUUAACUGCCUUCUCCGCCAUUGAAAAGGCUAAGAUUGAUCCAUCCACAUUCCUCGAAACACUGGGUGGAUCCGAGUCCCCUGGACGAACAUGGAUGCUGAUCUUCACUGCCGAGAAGAAACUGCAGAAAGGUCGUUAUUUCCCUCUAACCGCUGUUCAGAGGUUUGAUGCUGCGGGAAAAAGAAUAGAGAAUGGUGUGUAUCUUGGUCCGAUAGGAGCUUUGACAUUCGAAGGAAGGUUUUCAUGGAAGAACCGUAUCCUGGCUUUCAUCUUCGAACAGAUUCGCAUCAAGAUUGGACCUUUAGAUCCUCUAGAGAUCGGUUUAGGGAAGAAAGACGCAAAGGAAGAGCCGAGUAACAAAGACCCUUUCUUCAUUUGGUUUUACGUUGAUGAAGAAAUAGCUGUUGCUCGAGGAAGAAGCGGCGGUACAGCUUUCUGGUGUCGUUGUCGCCGCAUUGCUUCGUGA